AUGAAUCUUCUUCUCCCAUCCACCAUUACAAUUCUCUUCUUCUUCUCCUUGUGCGAACCGACCACCUCCGACAAGCUCAUUGUCUUGAACCGAAUCGGAAAUGGCAAGACUCUCAAGAUCUACUGCCAGGCCCCGGUGGACUUUCAUGGGUGGCACGUGAUCCCCGACGGACAAAAUGCGACGGUGAACAUCUUCCAACUGCCGAGGCAGUUAUUGCCGUCGAUGUGCAAUGGCCAAUGGGAAUCUUCGUUCCCGUAUCCAUUCCUUGUGUAUUCCCAUUACAGGGACCACAAAAGGUGCAGAGAUGAAUGCGUUUGGGAGACUAACAGCAUCGGAUUGUAUGUCUGGGACAAGGAAAAGAAGCUGUGGGUGCUUGUACAUCCAUGGCUUGAUUUAUAA